AUGUCUGGUUGUAUUAUAACUUUUGCCGAGUGUUUCUCUUUUCCCUUUCUUUUCUAUUUUCCUGUGCAUACAAUUCCCUUUUUGUUACAUAGCAUAACCAUGUCGCAUAACGUUGGCACUUCCACCCAGUCCCUGCACGCGGACGACGCGCUCAAUGUCGUGUCCGACGUGGCUCCUCCGUUGCACCUGUCCACCACUUUCCGCUACUCCGAUGAUCCCUCCGAGCUUUUCCCUGCGGCCGAUCUCAACAGUUUCGGCACCGAUCCCACAAAACACAUCUACUCCCGCGCCUCCUGCCCAAACCCAACCCGCUUCGAAACAAUCCUCACAGCCCUCCUCAACGGAAAAGCAAUCUCCUACUCCUCCGGCCUCUCCGCCCUCCACGCAGCCCUCACCCUCCUCAACCCCCGCCACAUCUCAGUCGGCGAAGGCUACCACGGCUGCCACGGCGUAAUAGCCCUCUUCACCCGUCUAACCGGCCUGCAAAAGCUGGAUCUGGACUGUGACCCAACCUUCCUGCAAAAAGACGAUGUAAUCCUCCUAGAAACACCCGUCAAUCCCCAAGGAACAGCCUUCGACAUUGCCUCCUACGCGGAAAAAGCACACUCGCGUGGCGCCUUCCUCAUCGUCGAUAGUACAUUUGCCCCGCCCGGUUUGCAAGAUCCGUUCGCCUUCGGCGCGGAUCUCGUCAUGCACUCCGGCUCGAAGUAUUUCGGCGGUCAUUCUGAUUUACUUUGUGGUGUUCUUGCAACGCAGCGCGAUGACUGGGCUAGUCAACUUUUUGCUGAUAGAGUCUUCCUCGGUUCUGUAAUGGGAAACAUGGAAUCCUGGCUCGGCGUCCGCAGUCUACGGACCCUCGAAGUCCGCGUCCAGCGUCAAAGUGCGAAUACUUCCCGUCUCGUAUCGUGGUUACACUCCGCGUUGCACACCCCCUCACCCGCACCGGGUUCAGACGAAGCCGCCGUCCAAGCGGUGCUGGAAGAAGUCUUCCAUGCUUCCUUGCAAACCACAGAGGGAGACUGGUUAGCGAAGCAAAUGCCGAAUGGCUUCGGCCCUGUGUUCUCGAUUACCAUGAAAGAGGAGAAUUUGGCGAGGGAGUUGCCGAGUAAAUUGCACUACUUCCAGCAUGCGACUAGUCUUGGUGGGGUGGAGACGCUUAUUGAGUGGAGGACUAUGUCGGAUGCUACUGUUGAUCGGAGGUUGUUGAGGGUUAGUGUGGGGUUGGAGAAUUGGGAAGAUUUGAGGGCGGAUUUGGUGGGGGCUUUUAGGGGGUUGGCUGGUUUGUAG